UAUAAAGAGGUAAAUCACAACUCCAACAACAACAAAGAAAAACAUUUUUCCAAUUCCAUCAAGUGUUAAGCUUUUGUUAGUAAGGUUUUUAACUUUUCAAACGUCCGAGACAAUGACUCUUGCAAUUGAAAUUGAGAAAAAACAUAUCAAGAAAUCAGAAAGGGUCAAGUCCUUGGAGAUCCACCCAACAGAGCCAUGGGUUUUAGUGAGCUUGUACACAGGAACUGUACAAAUAUGGAACUAUCAAUCUCAAACUGUCGAGAAGAACUAUCAAGUCUCAGAGUCACCAGUCAGGUCAGCCAAGUUUAUCGCUCGUGAAAAAAGUAUUGUUGUUGGAUCAGAUGAUCACUUCAUUCGAGUGUACAACUACACAACAGAGGAAAAGACUAAGGAAUUCAAAGCACAUGACGAUUAUAUCAGAUCAUUAGCUGUUCAUCCUUCUCUUCCUUAUGUUCUGUCAUGUUCCGAUGACACGAUGAUAAAGCUUUGGGACUGGGAAAAAGACUGGGCUUGUACUCAGAUUUUUAAGGGGCAUAACCACUAUGUGAUGCAAGUGGCCUUCAAUCCAAAAGAUCAAAACCAGACGUUUACAAGUGUAUCACUUGACUGCACAAUGAAGGUAUAUAUAUUACACAUUGUGGUUUACUAUAUAACCUUUGGACUAUUGAUUUUUACCUUUCAUUCCUUUUUCAAACAGAUGUGGAAUCUUAGCUCCUCUGAUCCAAUUCUCGAACUAGAAGCACAUUCGAAGGGGAUCAAUUGUGUUGAUUUCUUAACUUGUAAUGAUAAACAAUAUCUAAUCACUGGAUCAGAUGAUCACACAGCUAAGGUCUGGGACUUGCAAAAUCAAACUUGUGUCCAGAUUCUAGAAGGUCACAAGAACAAUAUUUCUGCUUUGGCAUUGCAUCCAGAACUUCCAGCAUUUUUUACAGGGUCUGAGGAUGGAACAUUUAGUGUGUGGGAUGCUACUAAUUACAGCUUACUCAACACACAAAUCUCUGAACUUGGGAGAAUUUGGGCAAUUGGAUUUGCAAGCCUGGAAGAUUCUCACAUUCUCAUAAUUGGCUGUGAUGAAGGAAUGAUUAUCGGAAAGAUUGUAUGAAGAUUGAGAGACAAUAUAUAUGAAGAAGCUGAUGUUUUCUUCAUGCUUUAAUUUCUAGUUUCUGCCAUCAUAAUAUGUUUUUAUAAUUACUUGUACUGGAUCUUGUGAAUCCAUUAUGUCUAUCUUGUACUUAUUUUCUUGGAAUUAAAGUUGAUGUUGUAUAAUAAAUAAUUUCUAAAAGACGCGAUUUGAACUUACGAUUUCUU